AUGCUCCCGGAAAUCGAGCCCAUCCCUCACUUCGACACGAAGAGUUUCGUGGGAGGCAUUGGAGCUGCAAUCGCUCUGAUGCUUAUUUGCAUCUUGCUCUGGAAACGAAUCACGAGCCGAAAAGGAAAGAAAACUGACCAGCCUGGUCAUUAUCCUCAGGAUGAACUCGGAGUUCUCUACAAUGUCGCUUCUGAAGAAGAUUCUUCAGUAACAAUUUGA